CAGAUAUUGAUAAUUGGUUAUAUGACCUUAGUUGAGUUUAGUCCAUUUUUCAAAAAAGCAUUAGCGGUUAUUGUGCUUAAAAAACGAACAUCAAUCUCACAGAAAACAGAACGAUGGAUGAACUAUUUAGAUAAACGGUCUGGAAUAUGGGAUGUUCUCAAUCCAUCAGUGUUAGAGAAAUAGUCGAUUGUGGAGAAAAGCAAAUUUCAGGCAAUAUACUAUGAUACAUUAUUGAUACAAUUGCUUAGUUAUCGACUUAGAAUAACUUAUUGAUAAUGAAUCAUGUUGAUCGUGACCAUUCAUUAACUAAAGCAAAUGGUGAGAAAAGAAACUCUCAACUGUAUAGUUUAGGAGCUGCUCUUCUUAUACAAAAAUGGUACCGGCGUUAUCAAGCACGUCUGGAAGUCAAACGAAGAUGCGCUUGGAUGAUUUAUCAGACAUUAGAGUAUGCAGGCGAACAAAAUCAUGCAAAGCUAUACGAUCUAUUUCAUGAUCUUAUAUCACACGCAUCCAGUGGAGAAACAGCAAACACCGAUGUUAAUUCUGACUGUCCACAUAGUCCAGAUGUAAGAUUUUUAACGAUUCCAGAAACUGACAUUGAUGAACCGUUAGAUUUAAACAUCUGGAAUGGUGAUUGGUUACCAUCAAUACCGUCAAAUUAUCAAGGAAUAAAGUUGUACUUUCCCAUAGAUAUGAAUCAAGUUGCCAUGAUGAUGGAAUCAUUUGUUAAUGGAUAUCAACUUCACGCAAGAUAUGUAUUUCAAAUUUUAUGCGAAUCCAGACAAUGUAUCAUGUCACGUCCAAAUAUUCAAAUGGCAUCAACAUCAAUAUCUCGACAUAUUACCGUUGUUGGUGAUCUACAUGGACAAUAUAGUGAUCUUCAAAUUAUUUUAUAUAAAAACGGGAUGCCAGAUGUAACGAAUCCUUACGUAUUCAAUGGGGAUUUUGUUGAUAGAGGUAGAAAAUCUGUAGAAACAUUAUUAACUAUCUUAUGUUUAAUGUUGGUUCGACCAACUUCAGUAUUUAUAAACAGAGGCAACCAUGAAGAUCUUUAUGUAAACUGUCAAUAUGGAUUUAUAAAGGAAAUUCAAAAGAAGUAUAAAUCUUCAGCUGGUAUGCUAGUGAAAUGUUUUGCAGAAUUUUAUCGUUAUCUUCCGGUGGCCACAUUAAUUGACGAUAAAAUUUUUGUCUGUCAUGGUGGUAUAUCAGAUGAAACUGAUUUGAACACAUUAGGAAAUUUAAACAGAUUCUCAUAUCAAGAUUUACUUUGGAGUGAUCCACAAACACAAUCAGGAUUAUUAAUGAAUGAAAGGCGUGGUUUAGGGUGUUCAUUUGGUCCUGAUAUUACAAACUUAUUUUUGAAUAAACAUAAUUUAAGCCUACUUAUUCGUUCACAUGAAUGUAAACCUGAAGGAUUUGAAUGGUCACAUAAUAAACAAUUAUUAACUAUAUUCUCAGCAUCAAACUAUUAUACAGAUGGUUCAAAUCGUGGCGCCAUUGCUAGAAUUUCUGUUGAUGGUUCUAUACAAAUAAUACAAUAUGUAACUGGUGGACAGAAAAAAUUCAAAACACUAAGACAAAAAGUUAGUUGGGCUGAAGAAUCAGCAUUAACGGAUUUAAAAAACAAAAUCGGUGCUUAUUCAACAGAAUUAAAAAGAGAAUUUCAAUCACUUGAUCCUACAAAUACUGGCAGAAUUUCUAAAUUAGAAUGGUGUAAAGCAAUGGAAAAAGUGUUAGAUUUAAAGUUACCAUGGAGUACACUUCAACCACGUUUAGUUGUUACAUCUAAAAUACCAAAUCAAGUAGAAUAUUUAACAACAUUUCAAAAACUUACUACUUAUAAUACCCCAUCAAAGGUGCCACCUUCAGUCACUGAAGAAAUGUAUAAAUUUCGUGAUGUACUUGAAGGAAUCUUUAGAGCAAUGGAUAAAGAUAAUUCAGGUCGAAUUUCAUUAAAUGAAUUUAAACAAGCUUGUUUACGUUUACCGAAAUGGACAAAAAUCGACGAACAAAUAGUAAUGGAUAUGGCACGUUCAAUUGAUAUUAAUAAAGAUGGUUUAAUUGAUUUCAAUGAAUUUUUAGAAACAUUUAGAUUAGUUGAAUCCGAUCAUGAUCAUUAUGAAUCAAUAACUGAUCAACAAAUAGAUGAAUGAAAUCACUGAAUUUUUUUUUUAUUUUUUAAAAAGAAGAAGGAAAAAAACGUUUCUUUAUUAAACUAUUGAAUUAGAUUGAUGCAACCAUUUCUGUUUUAUUAUUUUUGAUCUAAUCAAAAUAAACAGAGUGUAUUUAUGUUUCCUUGGAUUCUUAUCCUUCAAUUAAAUUUCAUUUUUUCCAGAAAAUAUGUUAUUCCUUAUUAUAAAAAGUGGAAUACUCUAUUUUAGAAAGUCACUAUUAAUCUGUAUAUGAAUUCAUUAUUAUUUUAUGAAACUUACUAAUGAUUCAAUUAGAAACUAUGACAAAUCAUCAAUUGUUUAAAUUCACUAUUCAUUUCUUUAUGAUUACAUGAUUUGCAUAAUUUGAAAUAAACAAGAGCUUUUAACACUUUAAAAUGUAUAUUAUUCAACGCUUAGCGUUUUUUUUUACAUUUUUGUGUGUAUACAGUUAACCACACCCAGUUGGUAACAAAAAGGAAAUAUUCACUGCAACCUCGCCUAUCUUUCUUCUUCUUCUUCGUCUUCUUCUCACGACUUUUUUUUCAUUGUGUUCUGUCUUUUUUAAGUGUACUUUUUUUAUAUAAUCAAGUUUAUGUUAUGGAUAGUGAAUCGAUUUGGUCGAUUGAUUUUAAAUACCAUUAUUUUGUAAAUAAAAUUGUCUCUGAAUCUCUUCUCCUUUUUUAAUCGUUUUAAAAUGUUCUCUUUGGAGAAAAUGGAUUGUUUUACACUAUUGAACUGAUUAACUGUUAGAAAGCCUUAGAGAUUAUCAUUAUCAUAUGCCUUAGUGAAUACUUGGAAGACUUCACUUGAUUUGUGCUUUUAAAUCAUUAUGAAAUGAUAACAUAGUGUGUA